UGUUCGGCUCCCGAGCCAUGCUUUUCCCAUGGCGAUAAACGAGGCGACGUUGGAGGACCUGCUUGGUCGAGAAAAUGAGCUGCGAUGGCUCCUGAGUUAUGUCACGGCCGGAGAAAAUCAAGUCAACGUGGUCAGCCGGGGCCGUGAUGCCCUCAAUCUGGGCUCGUUCCUCUUCAGCCAAUCGUCCUUUCUAAGGAGCGUACAGAGCUGUUUGGCCACCAAGCAACUCCCUCCAGUUAUUGUGGAAGGUGAGCCGGGCGUCGGCCGCACAGCACUUCUGGAGGCAGCUGCUCGGCUCUCUGAGAAUUUGCCCGGUCUGCGUGUGGUGCAGCAGCGCGGCGGCACGGCCUGCGAGCAGCUGCGGAUGGUAUCGAUGAGGCUCCGGGCCGGAAUCCAGGUGACGGAUGAGGAACUUCUGAUGAUGCCCGUGAUCAGCAAUGCGAGCCAGUCGCUUGGGAAAAAGGCAGAUUCCGCUGGAGUCCAAGCGGCUGUGGCUGUGAGAGACGGAGAUGCUGCGCAGACCAUGGUUGUGCAGUUCGACGCGAGCACUUCCGGGCUCGCAGACGGAGUCGCUGCCUACACUGGCACCACGAUUUCUCAGUACCCUCACCACGUGGAAAGGUACGCGCAGGCCACCCAUGGCAACAUUGGAGACAUCGUGACGAUCAACGGCGUCAGAGGCCCAAUUUUGAGGAUCAUGGCCAGAGACAGGUGUAUGAACAAUACAGCCCAUGCAAUCUGGGCCCUUGUGGUUGGCAGGGGCGGUGCGGCCACCUUACACAUGGUUCCACCCGGUGUCCCAAGCCCGGGAUACGGGGAGGGUGGAUACCCCGCUUCUGCAAUCCACGGGGCCACUGGGGACAUCCGGGGGGUAGUGGCACACGUCCCAAAUGACUUGAUGGAGGAGAUCGGCGUGGACCAAGAGUGCGGGUGGCUACCCAGCGGGAACGUUGGACUCCAAGAAACCCAAAUGCCAAAACUCAAUCACCUGUGCACCCAACCGGCGGUGAUCAUAGGGGCUCCUUUGCCGGCAGCGGGGUUGUCGAUCCUGACCGAAGACAUCCUGAGCGCUGCCACAAACGGCUCUGCUGGUGGGGGUUGGUCUGUGGCGGCCAUCCGGAGGGACAGCCGUGUGUUCCACUUGAGGAAGCAAGACAUCUGGAGGACAUGGAACACCGGCUCUGGCUGGAGCCCAGGUGUGAAUCAUCCCUUGUAUACGAACGACAAUGCCCUGAACGGUUACAUCUCUACCACCCGCCAGGAGAUCGCAGAUGUUCUUGGGUUGGCAGUCGUACCAGCCGGGGAUGCCAGGAUCAAUGAGGCAGCUUGUGCGAACCUUGCAGGAGUUGUGCAGAACUUCGCCCUCAAGGUGCCAGGGGCCGCAUUGAACACGGAAGCGGACCCCGCACCUGUCACAGAGCCCUUCAGGAUGCUUCCACGCACAGCCCAACGAGGCAACCUGAUUGCAAAGGCAGUACGUGUGGUGUCAAUACCGCCCUCCAUGACCCCAGCACCUGUCGUUGAGCUGGGGGUAGUGCAGAGGACUGGUGGAUUGCCCACAGAGGCGGGGCGGGACGGUGCCAUCGCGAUGCUGAGAACUGCGACAAUGGCCUACGUGUUGUCCAUCUCCCUCCCUGCCAGGCGCAGGGCAGAUGUCGUGAACGAGAUGGCAGCACUCAAUUGCGCCUGCUGCGGAGCAUACCCGAAGGGAGUCGAUGCAAUGGGGCCUGGAUUUCAGGCACGCAUUCUCGCACAUGCCCUGUCCGUGUUCGGCGCGAUCAUCGUCGCAGCCACAGCGGACGACAUCGCUGCAGUCGAGCGUGGAACUGCAACUGAUGCCCAGACAGCGGCAGUUACACAGGCGGGCCUGUGGGGGCUCGUGGCGGCCGUGGAUGCGAGGACACCCUGCUCAAGGGAGGCAGAGAAGACAAUUGCAAGCUUUGCGAUCGGAGCAGCGGCGAUGGCCUGCCGCGACAAAGCAGGCGGAGGCCACGCUGUGAACCAGUCCCCAACGAGCCAUUGCAGAAAUUUGGCUGCGUUCUCGUACCAUAACGUUCCUGUGCUUUACACACCCACGGUUGCGGGACAAGCUGCGAGCAUAGUGCUCACAACAGCAGGAGCAGGAGCUGACACAGACACACCGAAAGUGUCCGACGCAGGGCUCGUUGAGCUUUUGAAGGCGGCGUGGAAAGACCGGAAGUCUGCGCUCCAAGCGUCAGCUGCUGGGCGCCAACGAGCUUUGGAGGCGUCGAACACCUUCACGGAGGAAGAAGGGGUAUCAAGAAGGAUGAUAUAUCAUGCUCUCGACCACUUCUCCGGAAUGGCGAUCCUUGCGCCACCAUCACCUUCACUGGAAGCCCCGCUCAACCCGGACGUCUUGGUGCUCCUGCAGCUGAGAAUGCACAACCAUGUCAGCACCCGAUGGCAAAAGCCACCGGUUGGGCCCGGGUUCGCCGCACUGGCAGCAGCCGCGGCAUUGUAUGAGGCUUUGCCAACGGACGUCAUCAACAUCAUGUCGACCGAGGCAGUUGCGGCCUUGGAGCAGGCGGCACGCUACGUCGCUGUCGGGGGAAUGGCGCUGAGCAACCAUGGGCGAUUCGUGGCCGCUUUGGAGAAAUCUCGUGGGCUGACCAGGGCGGCCAUGACGCUGAUGACGAGCGGAAAUUUCCGCGCGGGUGUUGCCGCCGCCAUAUAUGUGCUGGCUGAAUUGGCACCAGCUGCCACAAUAUUGGAAUAUUGGGAUCUCAAUCCCUCCUGGCCAUUUCUGCUGCAGUGGCCGCGUCCCCGAGCCUUGAAGCGGGCCUUCAGCAGCUCAGGAAGGGGAACGAAGGGCAGAUCGCAGGCCUGGAGGCUGCUGCUAUUGCAGCGGCCACUGAUCCAGAAACCAACAGGACGGAUUGGGAAAGAGCCAGGAGCUUGGCCUCUCUCCAUGGGCACGAUGGCAGCCAGGUCCAUCACAGCAGGUCGUCAACUUGACCCCAUGUUGGGCGAUGCUGAGCUCCUGGCUUCUGGGCACGCGGCGGCGGCAUUGGAUCUCUACAAUGGCCACCUCCCAGCAGCUCAAAAAGCUAUUCUGCCAACUUGUCUUGGCCAAACGCAGAAGCAGUUAACUCAGGCACUCGAUGCCGCCAGCUGGGACGCUCAAGUUUCCACUUCGUCUUUAACUGGAAGAGCCCUCUUGCUGUCGGAAGCCACGCAGGGGGGCCGUGCCUUCCUAACAGCCCGCCCUGCUGGACCACUGUGCUUGGAGCCUGCCAUUUUUCUUGCUGAACUUCGACAUCGCCUGGGUAUGCCAGAUGCAGCGGACGAUGCGUGGUGCCCCCAAUGCAAUUGCAUUCUGGACCGCUUUUCCUUGCAUGCUGGAACUUGUUCGGCCGGUGGAGAACGCACCUUGCGGCACCAUGCCGUGCGAGAUGUCAUGCAGCGGCCAGAAGACACUGGCCUUGGGCGCCGGCGGCCAGCCGAUGUGUUUGUUCCCAGCCUUGGAGGCAUUCCGACCGCACUCGACAUCGCUGUCACAGCUCCUCAGCGGUCUGAAAGCUUACGUGAGGCUAGUGGCAAAGCCGUUGCGGCUGCAGAUGCUUACGCCGACGUCAAGGCAGACCACCUCCAGACUGCACAGGUUUGCGAGAAUCAAGGGGUACGGUUUCAACCGAUGGUGGUCGAGUCCACAGGUGCUUGGUCCACUUCGGCUUCGCAUACUCUUCGACUACUUGCCCGAGCCACAGCAGCCCGUGAAGGCGAAGAUGCGGCUUCUUGCUACACCCAUCUCCUGCAGGAGCUCUGUGUUACCGCUCGCCGCUUUCGCGGCCGGGCGGCCCUUCGUCGUCGAGCCGAGCUUGUCAGCCCCACGGAGGCGGAUGUCACCCGACGGGAUGCUGCCUUGCUUCUUGCCACUGCGGCCAGCUCGACCUGCUUGCUCAGCAGCUCCGUCGGCGACAUGUGUUCCGGCAUUGCGACUCCUGUUAUGGCCACUGUGACUUUCUGCAUCACGAUUGGCCAGACUCUCUGCAAGUGA